ACAACAGCAUCAACAAGUUCCUGUGUGUGAACAUGGUGACAGUCAACAUGUUGCUGAUUGUCCUCUUUGUUCCAGGUGUUUUGGCUGAUUGUGCUGAUCAACCAGCACUCUUCAUAAAUGCACCAAAGAAACUGGAAGCACUGAGUGGAUCUUGUUUGCAAAUCCCAUGUAGCUUCAGACCCAAAGACGAACAGAAAUUUAUCAGCACAAGUGAAACUUUUGGAGUGUGGAUUAAAAACAAUUCUGAUAUUAACAAAAACAAAAACAAUGUGAUCUUCAACAGUAGUGGAGCAGUUAGCACCUAUCCAAUGAGUAUUACUGGGAACCUGAGUCAGAGAGACUGCACCACUCUGUUUUCUACUUUAACCACCACAUACACAGACACAUACUUCUUCAGAGUAGACAGUGAACCAUUCAAGGCGACAGCUCAGUGUGAUCCUCUUCAAAUAACAGUCAGAGAUUCUCCUUGGAGGCCCAAUAUUACAAUCCCAGGUGAUCUGAAGGAGAAGGAGUCUGUCACUAUAACCUGCUCAGCUCUCACUCCCUGUCCACACUCCCCUCCUCAACUCACCUGGAAUCUCCAACAAGACUCUCACAACAAAAUAGAGGAAAACACAGAUGGAAGCUUUACAACUAAAAUCCAGCAGAACAUCACUCUGUCAGACACACAUGAUGGAAAGAAGAUCAGCUGCUCUGCCAGAUAUCCUGUGAACCAAGGAAACGACACCAAGACAGCAGAGACAGAAGAGACUCUCAGUGUUUCAUAUGCUCCUAAAGACACCUCAGCAUCCAUCAGUCCAUCAGGUUUGGUGUCAGCAGGCAGCUGGGUGAAGCUGACCUGCUCCAGCAGAGCCAAACCUCCAGUCAGCAACUUCACCUGGUUCAAGAAGAGCAGAGAUGGAGCUGUGAAAGUAUCUGAAGGAGAGAUUUACAGCUUCAAUGUAACAGAUGGAGGAGUUUAUUACUGUGUGGCCACUAAUGAUCUGGGUAAUCAGACAUCAGCAGAGCUUCAUCCAACAGGAACACAUCAGCCUUUAUCAUGGUCUGCUGUAGGAGGGAUCACUGGGAUCAUCGUACUCAUCUGUAUGGUUUUUGUGUUUUGGUAAGACUCUAAGAUCAAC